UUACUUAUUUACCAAAAAAAUAAAAACAUUGAAUCUUCUUUCAUCGAUCUCUCCUCAAGACAUAGCAUAAGAAAAUGAAGAUAUCAUCACUAGGAUGGGUCUUUGUCCUUAUCUUCAUCUCUAUUACCAUUGUUUCGAGUGCACAAGCACCUCCUAAACCUAAGCCUGCACCAGCACCAACACCAGCACCUAAACCUAAACCAGCACCUCCUAAACCUAAGCCAGCACCAGCAACAACACCAGAACCUAAACCUAAACCUGCACCUAAACCUGCACCAGCACCAACACCAGCACCUAAACCUAAACCUGCACCCAAACCUGCACCAGGUGGAGAAGUUGAGGACGAAACCGAGUUUAGCUACGAGAUGAAAGGAAACAAGGGGCCAGCGAAAUGGGGAACACUACAUGCAGAGUGGAAAAUGUGUGGAAUAGGCAAAAUGCAAUCUCCGAUUGAUCUUAGUGACAAAAAUGUCGUAGUUAGUAAUAAAUUUGGAUCUCUUCGUAGCCAGUAUCUGCCUUCUAAUACCACCAUCAAAAACAGAGGUCAUGAUAUCAUGUUGAAAUUUAAAGGAGGGAAUAAAGGUAUUGGUGUCACCAUCCGUGGUAUCAAAUAUCAACUUCAACAACUUCAUUGGCACUCACCUUCCGAACAUACAAUCAAUGGCAAAAGGUUUGCGCUUGAGGAACAUUUGGUUCAUGAGAGCAAAGAUAAACGCUACGCUGUUGUCGCUUUCUUAUACAAACUUGGAGCAUCUGACCCUUUUCUCUUUUCGUUAGAAAAACAAUUGAAGAAGAUAACUGAUACACAUGCGUCCGAGGAACAUGUCGGAAUCAUUGAUCCCCAAAAACUCAGUUUUGAAUCAAAACAUUAUUAUAGAUAUUCUGGAUCACUUACAGCUCCUCCAUGUUCUGAAAAUGUUAUUUGGUCCAUUUCCAAAGAGAUUCGCACUGUGUCAAGUAAACAAGUGACGCUUCUCCGUGUGGCUGUACACGAUGCUUCAGAUUCAAAUGCGAGGCCGCUUCAAGCAAUCAAUAAGCGCAUGGUGUAUUUAUACAAACCAAAAGUUAAGUUAAUGAAGAAAUAUCGUAAUACAAGUUUUUACUAAUAAUCUUUAAUUCUUUAUAAAAGUUUUUUUUUCUCACCAAAAAAAAAAGAAUUGUACACUAGAAUGAUGUUUUAGGAAACUGAUGACUUCGUUUUGUUAUUUAAAAAUAGUUUCCCACUCGUGUUAUAAAUUGGUUUUUGUGUUACUUAUUUAAAUAAACCCUCUUUACCUUAAAGAAGGGUAUGAAACAACACACCAUCAGUUUCAAUUCUCUUUGUAAGUGCUAACUAUUAAUGUUAUGUUACGUUAGGCAUAACAUUAA